AUGGGCUUGAACGCGAAUUGGAACAUUGGUGGCAAAAUUCGUCUUCAAGGUGGUAUUUCCGCUGCAUCGACGGGUGGUGCCAUUGAAAUCGCCAGUGGAGUCAGUCGCUCGACUUCGAGUGGUGAUAUCUCCAUCCAGACUUCCAACUCGAGCUUGAAGGGGGUGUCUGGGACCAUCUCCAUCGGCACAGGCACUUCGUUUUUUGGGACCAGUGGUAGUAUCCAACUCUCGACGGGCUAUGCUGCCAUUGCGAGCGGAGGCAAUAUCACGGUGAAUGUUGGCACCGGCGGGAAAGGACCUGGCGGCGACGUCGUCCUGGUUGCUGGAGAGACGUUGGAUGCAUUGGCUGCGGGUGGCCGAGUCAACAUCACUGCCGGUAUGGGAAGCAACAUGCUGAAGUCUGGCGGUGGUCGUGGUGGUGCUUUGUCCAUGACUGCUGGGACAGCUUAUGGUGGAAACAACCUUGACGCUGGUGGCAGCAUGGAUGUUACGGGUGGGGCGGCCGCGGUAGGCAUUGGCGGUUCGGUUCGAUUGGGCUCGGGAAAGAGUGUCGCGACUUCCUCGGGAUCGUUGACAUUAUUCACCGCAGAUGCAGGGACUGCAGGAAUCAGUGGCAUUGUGUCCAUGUCCACUGGCAAAGCCACGGCUGGACCAUCUGGUAUGUUUCUGUUGUGGACAGGAGCGUCGACGGGUGGUUCAGGCGGUAGCAUCAACAUUGGUGUUGGUCAAGGCGACACUGGCGACGGUGGGCUCAUUGCGAUGUCUGCUGGUACUACAAGUGCUGUUGGCCGUACGGGCGGGGCUGUGACCAUUUCCACCGGAGCUUCGCUUCCCAUGAGCAGUGGUAACAUUCUCAUUCGCACGUCCGACGCUGGUGUCAGCGGAGUGUCUGGAAGCGCAACCAUGUCCACUGGCACGGCAUCUAACGGCAACAGUGGGGCGAUUAACCUCUCGACCGGCGUUGCAACUGGAGGCGCGGGUGGCACCGUGACGAUUUCCGUGGGCACGGGCAACACCAACAACGGAGGCGACAUUUUCGGUGAAGCUGGUGACACGUUUGCCAAAUCUGCUGCGGGUGGCCGUGUUGUUUUCAUGGCUGGCGAUGGACGAAACCCCGACACCCAAGACGGAGGCCGGGGGGGCAAUGUGAUUGUGAGUGCCGGGAAUGCAUGGGGUUUGAAUCCUGUUUUGAACAGCGGCGGGAACAUCACCCUUACUGGCGGCAAUGCGUCUGCCAGUACGGGUGGUCGACUCACCUUUACUUCUGGUGUUGGCGUUGCUACUACCAGCGGUGAAAUCAUCAUGAACACGGCGAACUCUGGCCCUGGUGGACUGUCUGGCUCAAUCACGGCGUCAUCUGGAACGUCCUAUGCCGGAAAUUCGGGCGGCAUCACCCUUUCGUCUGGGUACUCCUUCGGGGGCUCGGGCGGAAACGUUGUACUGUCUGUGGGCUCGGGCAAUGUUGGCUCCGGCGGCGAAGUACUCGUAACUGCAGGCGAAUUUCGCGCGUUUGGGACGGGCGGGGACGUCGUUUUGACUUCUGGCCAAUCGUUGAUGACUACAAGUGGUUCCAUUCAAUUGUCGACGGCACGAGGCGGAGUGUCGGGCCAAAGUGGCAUGGUAUCCAUCUCAACUGGAACGACGACACUUGGUGCGUCGGGUGUGAUUGCACUUACCACAGGCAAAGCGACCGGCGGUCAAGGGGGCAACAUUACCUUGUCUGUUGGAAACGGAACUCUCUUGAGCGGUGGCAACAUUUUGCUCACUGCGGGUGUUACCACUGGCGUCGGUGGUACGGGGGGCUUUAUUUCAUUGACGUCUGGGAUCAGCACACUUACGACAAGUGGCUCGGUGAAUUUGACGACUGCGAAUGCUGGUUUGUCCGGCGAAAGUGGCCUCAUCAGCUUGUCGACCGGGGUGUCGACAGGAGGACGGGGAUCUGGAAGCGUGUUUGUGCUGACUGGUAACGCAACAAAGGGUGCAGCAGGCAACAUCACAGUCGCGUCGGGCUUUGGCGACACUGGCACUGGCGGGAAUAUCACCAUUUCAGCCGGUGACACGUUCGACAUCAAGUCAUCUGGAGGCCGUGUGUACAUUGUUGGUGGCAAUGGAUUCAGCACUGAUGUCUCAAAUGGGGGUGGCCGGGGUGGUCGUAUUGAUAUCUCUGGUGGCAUGGCGUAUGGCCAGAAUCCAUCGUCGGAUGUUGGUGGACCUGUGACUAUCAGUGGUGGGGUUGCAGCGAUGGCUUCGGGUGGCUCCGUUUCCUUGGUGUCUGGCGCUUCCAAUGCUCUUAGUAGUGGGACUGUUUCGAUUUCCACUGCCGAUUCAGGCCCUGGUGGUGUUAGCGGGAGCAUUACCAUGUCGUCAGGGCUAGCGAGAGCGGGUAACUCCGGCCGAGUUGUGAUUGCUACUGGAGCGUCCAACUCGGGCGCUGCUGGCUUUAUCCAAGUGAGCGUCAACAGUGCCGCUGCUGGUACUGGCGGAGGUAUUGUCCUGCGUGCUGGUAAUACCACUGACGCUACUGGAGUUGGUGGUGAAGUUCAAAUCUUUUCUGGAUCGAACUUGGGCGCCAAGAGCGGUGCCAUCACUUUGAGUACGGCCAACUCCACGUCCACGGGAGACGUCUCUGUUUUGUCCGGUGCAGGCUCUGCUGCGUCGUCUGGAAAUUUGAGGCUUGCAUCUGGGGUUGCAACGCUUGGUUCAGGUGGCAACAUUAGUUUAAUUGUUGGAUCGGGAGCUCUCGGUUCUGGCGGUCAAAUCACUCUUUCCGCUGGGAAUGCCACCCAAGUUCAAGGUGUUUCCGGAGGUAACAUUGUCAUUGCAGCCGGUAUGGGUACCAGUACGGACAACAACAAUGGAGGCGAUGGUGGCAGUGUGAGCAUUUCUGGUGGACGCAGCUUUGGCGCGGCGUCCGCCAGUGAUGUUGGUGGCGGCGUGACCAUUCAAGGCGGUAUUGCGAAUGCAGCCACAGGCGGGUUGGUUUCAAUUUCUAGUGGCGUCAGCAGCUCGUCGUUGAGCGGUGACGUUCAAAUAGCGUCAGGUGUGAGUUCUUCCAGUGCUGGCACUGGUACUGUACGUGUGUCCACGGGUGCGACUACUUCGGGAGCGUCGGGCGUAAUCAUGCUGUCCACAGGUACAUCGAGUGGAGCGGCGGCUGGAAGUAUUACUGUCGCCCCUGGUGCAAGCACAUCAACGUCGGGAGGGUCGGUGUCAAUCACUGGCGGUCUCAAUUCUGGUUUAACCGGUGGGGCCAUCACGGUGACUAGCGGUGCAUCCACUGCAACCACGAGUGGUGCGUUUAGCAUUGCAACCGCAGCGUCUGGCCCUUUUGGAGCUAGCGGCAACAGCACGAUUUCUACUGGUUACGCUUCAUCUGGCAGCUCCGGAAACAUUGUGUUGUCUACCGGCGGUUCCAAGAUUGGCAAGCCGGGGUCCAUUGUCAUGAACCUAGGUACUGCAGAGGGUGGAGAUGGCACUGACAUUGUGGUUGCGGGGGGUCCAUCACUUACUGGAAUGGGUGGUGACGUCACCGUCGUGUCUGGAACGUCCGGAACAACGACAAGUGGCAAUGUGAACGUCAUGACUUCCAACUCCGGCAUGGCGGGGGUUAGUGGACGCAUAUCCUUGACCACUGGUACCUCACAAAAUGGCCCGUCUGGGUCUGUCGUGUUGUCAACUGGUGCUGCUAAAGGUGGAUCAGCAGGCGACAUUUCUCUUAGCGUCGGUUCGACAUCAACGUCUGUUGGUGGUCAGUUGAGAUUGCGAGCUGGCGACACAUCAUCCGCUUUGCAGACGGGCGGCUCCAUCACACUACAAACAGGCCAAAGCGCUACUCAAAGCAGUGGAGCGUUGACCAUCCGCACUUCCAACGCAACCACAGCUGGCUCAUCCGGCUCGAUUGUACUAUCGAGUGGAACGUCGGUUUCUGGAUCUGGUAAUAUCACGUUGACUUCAGGUGUAUCGACAACGACAUCCGCCGGCCAAGUGGUCAUCGGUGUUGGAAACAGUCAACUCAUUGGCGGUUUGGUGGAUAUUGAAGCGGGAGCUUCUGCCACUCAAACUGGUGGCAACAUCAUGCUGGCUUCUGGUACAAGUACCAUUGGCGCAAGUGGCGACGUGAUCAUUGCAUCUGCUGCCUCUGGUGCAGCUAUGACCACUGCAUCUGGUAUGUUGGACUUGGAAACUGGCCCAUCCACAUUUGGAUCGUCAGGACCAUUGUUCCUUGGCACUGGGCUCGCAUCAAGGGGUGCGUCUGGCAAAAUUACCAUGUCCGCUGGCAACGGUGGUCAAGGUGGGAAUAUUGAGUUGUACAGUGGUGAUUCCAGCACUGCUGGCAACGACGGCGGUGCAAUCAUGAUGACAUCGGGGGCUGGCACGACAAGUACGAGCAGUGGAAUCGUCUUGAUGGCCUCAAACGCAAACUCUGGACCUUCUGGAAGUGCAUAUGUCACAACAGGGUCCACUCCGAAUGCCGAAGCUGGUGGUGUUUACCUUUUGACUGGGUCAGGUUCAUCUGGUGGAAGCAUUGUGCUUAGUGUGGGUCAGAAUUCCAAGGCACAAGGUGGCGCUAUUACACUUACGGGUGGUUUAACCACGCAAGACUUCUCAAGCGGUGGCAGUGUCAAUAUCCAAGGCGGUGCAACGACGAAGGCAACGUCGUCGGGUGGCAGUGUUUCAAUUGCUGGGGGCAGUGGAAGUGGUACGAGUUUGCUAUCCGGCGCGACUGUAAUUGCAGGCGGAGCAAGUACAACCGGUACAGGUGGACUAGUUCGACUGACAAGCGGUACAAGCAGUUCAGGAGCCACUGGCAAUGUUGACAUCUCGUCUGCAAAUGGCGUCACGUCAGGUCGUGUUACGUUAUCUACGGGAACUGGAUCCACUGGCUCUGGUGGUGUCAUUUCAAUUGUGUCUGGCAGUGGCCCAACUGCUGGCACAAUCACUUUGUCAACUGGCACGAGUACGACGACACCGGUUGGAGCAAGCAUGUCGCUGUCGGCUGGUGCAGCUGCAUCAGGUGGAACCCUCACUUUGACUUCAGGACCCAGUACGUCGUCCGUUGCAACGUCGUCUACCGGAAGCCUCAACAUUGCCACAGCCGAUAGCUCAACUAUGGGCAACAUUGGAGGCAUUUCAAUCAACACCGGGGCUGCUGUCAACGGCGUUGUUGGAACUGUGAACAUUCGAGGUGGCGCUGCCACUAUUGGUACUGGUGGAUCCAUUAGUUUGGCAUCUGGCGCUGGCGAUAUUGGUGGGAGCAUCAACUUGGCCGCAGCGAACAGCAAACAAUUAGGAACAACGGGCGGUUCCAUUCAACUGGUGUCUGGUACAAGUGCCACCGGGACUACUGGAACUCUUACACUCAGCACUGCCAGCGGAACUACCACGAGCAGCUCUGGCAAUGUUGCGGUGGUUACAGGAAGUGCAACGGGAGCCACUCAAGCCAGUGGUCAAAUUAGUUUGGCGACGGGUAGUUCUACCUUGAGCCAAGCCGGAUCUGUGCUGGUGUCAGCUGGAAGCUCAUCUGUCAGUGGCGCAACUGUGUCGUUCACUUCUGGCGCAUCGACGUCCUCCACAGGGGGUAGCAUUGCCUUGAGCUCGGGAAGCGCACCCAUCAACAAAGCCACAGGCCAAAUCUCGAUUUCGACUGCUGCCUCUGCUACGUCAGGGACAUCUGGCGCACUGUUUUUGGCCACUGGUACAUCUGCUUCGAUGACUGGAACGGUUGUGAUCAGCACUGGUAACGCAACUGCCGGAGUUGGUGGUGACAUUACCCUUUCUGCUGGAUUGAGCUCGACAACACCUGGUAAUAUUGGGAUUCUCAGUGGGUCAUCUUCAAACCUGAACGGAGGCAACGUCACGAUCAAUUCUGGCGCCGGCAAGGCGUUGUCGGGAAACGUGGUCUUGGCCACUGCUGCGGGGGUGUCGAGUGGUAACGUUGGAAUUUCAACUGGAGUUGCGACAACUGGAAGCGCUGGUCAAGUUCAGAUUUCUACUGCUAGCACCGGCAGUAUUGCAGGCAACAUUAUCUUUGCCGUGGGAGCGGCCACCAGCAACCAAGUUGGCGGCAAUGUUUCAAUUUCGGCGGGAUCCUCGACCUCUGGCGCUGGUGGGUCAAUUACAGCCGUAACGGGUGGAUCUGGUACGACUACGGGCAACUUGACGUUGGGAACUGCAAGUGGUGUGAACACUGGAAUUAUUUCCAUUGGUUCGGGUGCUGCAUCCAGUGCUUCCGGCAGAGUUACAGUGUCUACAAGCAAUGCGGCAACCAGUGGCGACAUCGCAAUCAGUGUUGGCACAAGCUCAGCGUCUCAAGGUGGUAAAUUGGCGCUGUCUGCUGGUACUGCAACGGGUUUUACAGGCGGGAGCGUCGUGUUGACCUCUGGUUCAAGUGUUGGUGGAACGAGUGGCUCCGUCGCAAUUGGUUCGUCCAUCGGUUCCGUGAAUUCUGGUUCCAUUUCGUUGAGUUCGAAUGCUGCAGCCUCGGGAAGUUCUGGAACGAUUUCAAUGUCAAGUGGUGCAUCGUCGGAUGUUAGCGGGGAUUUAUCGCUUCAAGUGGGCAACUCUGUGGGCUCAAACGCCGGGGCAUUAACUGUGUUGGGUGGCUCCACGACAGGAGUUACUGGAGUUGGUGGCAUCGUCACGAUCUCGUCAGGCAAGAGCACGUUUGCAACCGGCGGCAGCCUCGUCUUAACUGCUGGGCAAAGUACGGCGUCAGUUGGUGGCAGCACCACGCUUUCGGGGGGGUCCAGUGCGUCUACGGUUGGUGGGAGCGUCCAAGUUACCUCUGGCGCAACCUCGGCCGGGACUUCGUCAACUGGAACAGUGUCAAUCACUUCAUCAUCCACUCUUGUUGGAAAAAGUGGUUUGGUAAUACUGGGAUCUGGAAGUGCCACGGACAACUCUGGAAACGUUGUGCUAUCCACGGGAUCAUCUACAGCGUCCCAAUCGGGAAACCUAACCGUGUCCACUGGCACUAGCAAAGGUUUGGCGGGUGGCAUUACUCUCGUAGCCGGAAAUAACACUGCUGCGACUGGUGGGUCGGUGACACUUACCUCGGGAACUGGACAAGCUACGACAAGUGGCGACAUCAGCCUAACAACCCCAGCCAGUGGUGCCAGCGGUGGAUCCGGCUCGAUUAACUUACAAACUGGAGACGCCAAAGCUCAAGACGGGGGAUCUGUUAGUGUCACCACUGGGAGUGCAACUGGUGCCACAGACAGCGGCUCCAUUACAUUAUCCGUUGGCUCUACAAUUACUGGUGCUUCUGGGGCAAUUCGUGUCCUUGGAGGCCAAUCUAGUGGAUCUGGUGGACCGAUCUCCUUGUUUUCUGGAUCAAGCACUCAAGCAUCGUCUGGUGGAGUUGCGCUUGGUUCAGCUGAUAGCCCUGUCACUGGCGACAUCAGUGUCGGAACUGGAAGUGGUUCCGUAUCCUCUGGUCAGCUGGUCUUGAACACUGGCAGCGCAGCAACUGGAGCAAGCGGUUCGAUCUCCCUGUUUGUUGGCGAUGCGUUGAAGGGUGCUGGAGGAAACGUGGCCAUUUCUGCUGGAAAUACCCUCGCCGACGCACCAAGUGGAAAUAUCAACAUGAUUGCGGGUGGAAACGCCGGGGCAACGUACGCGAGUGGUUCAAUCGGACUUGUCACUGCGGAUGCGAAAUCAACUGGUGCCAUUCAGUUGACGACAGGCAGCGCCAGUUCUGGCGCAUCUGGGGGCCUGGCUCUGUCGACUGGAUCAUCAGGGGCUACGAGCGGAUCCAUUUCAAUUGCUGCAGGCUCCAGCGGGGCUGCCAUUGGUGCAACCUUGUCACUAUCCAGUGGGAACUCGACCUCUGGCACCGGAGGAACCAUCGCUAUCACCAGCUCAGGGGGGACUCUAUCAUCUGGCCCACUUAUUAUCAAAUCCGCUGGCAGUGUUGGUAGUGGAGCAAUUACGUUGUCAACGGGUGAAGCGACGACUGGCAAUGCUGGUGGCAUCAGUGUACGCACCUCAGCUUCAACUUCUGGAUCGGGCGGAAAUAUUCAACUGACUGUCGGCGCUGCCACGGUUGGUGGGAACUUCAUUCUUGCAGCCGGAACCACAACGGGUUCCAAUGCUGGUGGAUCGUUAACGAUGUCGUCAGGUGGAAGCUCUACCGGCCAGGGUGGGAGUGUAGCAGUUGGAUCUCCGACUGGGGCAAUAUCUGGACCGAUUUCACUGUCAUCGGGUGGUGCGACGGCUGGCAUAUCUGGACAAAUCCAAAUUUCCAGUGGCUCCGCGACUUCGACUGCUGGCUCCAUUUUAUUAUCACCUGGAGCAAGUUCUGGAAAUUUGGGUGGUGAUAUCGUGCUUAGUUCUGGAACAAGUGGACUUGGGCCUGGCGGCAAGGUCUCCAUUACCUCAGGCGACGGAAGUACCAAUUCUGGAACCAUCAACAUUGCAUCAAGUACUUCGGCCGUUGGAAACUCUGGCAACAUUGUGCUUUCGUCUGGUGUGUCGACGAGCCUCGACAGUGGCUCUGUAGCGAUUUCGUCUGGCGAUUCUACAACGGGAGCUGUUGGUAUGGUCAGUUUGUCUGCAGGAACUGCAUCCUCCGUAGCUGGUGCCUCGGUGCUUGUCCAAGCAGGGGCGUCUUCGACACUAGCGGGGGGCAGUAUGUUUGUCCAGUCUGGAUCGGGCGCAUCGACAGGCGACGCUGUGUUUGGCUCGGCUGCCGCAACAGGAGCAAUUGGCGCAAGCGGGUCCGUAACAGUGACGUCUGGCGACUCGAGUGGAGUGAGCUCAGGCGAUUUGACUCUUGGAAGUGGUUCAACUUCUGUCGGAAGUGCGGGUCUCGUUCAAAUUUACGCCGGUCAGAGUGCCACCGUUGGCUCCAGUGUGUACAUUCAAGGAGGUCAAAGUUCAACCCUCGAUGGCGGUUCAGUGUCCGUACAAGGUGGCCCAGCCUCUAGUGGGACUGGAGGUGGCUUAAGCAUCAGCUCUGGUACUGGGGUCACAUCGGGUUCCAUUGGCAUUUCCACCGGUACUCCUCAAACUGGAGUGAGUGGAUCCGUGUCGAUUCAAACUGGAAACACUGCAUCGGCAAACAGCGGAACGGUGUCGUUGUUGACUGGUACGAGCGAUUUGACGAGUGGAAACGUUGUGGUUGGCGUGGGUGCUGGUGCAACUCAAGGUGGUUCGAUUAGCCUUGGAGCUGGAAGCUCGAGUAAGGGCAGUGGUGGCGCUGUCAACCUCAAUGGCGGAGCUAGUACAACUAGUUCAGGUGGAAGCAUUGCAUUGUUACCGGGCAAAGGAAUUAGCUCGGGGACGGUUACGUUGGCUUCGGCGGACAAAUCAGGCUCCAUCGUGGUCGGUGCUGACGGGUCUAUUACUGCAACUACCGCACCCACCGCGGCCUUGAACCUAUUUGGAGGCAACGCGGCCAACAACACUCUCCAAAUGGGUGAGUGGACGUUUAGCCAUGCCGAGUCCCCUAUCUCGGGCAAUGUGAACUUUCGAAUGCAGAAAGAUCGCAUUGUCAGUCACGUCCCAGCGUCGUUUCCAGUGUCCACGACCCCCUCGGAUCGACGUAUUAAGACCGAAAUCGAAGACGUGGACCAAAACGACAUUUUGCACCGCAUGCAGUCCCUCGAAGUCAAGCAAUACCGUUACACUAAGGAAUGGCAAUCCAUCGGCCAUGUGAACGACGACGUUGUACGAGGGGUCAUUGCUCAACAAGUGGCAGAAACGUUCCCCGAGUACAUCCACCGAUCCGACUACCACUUUCCUGAAAAGAACUUUACCAUGGGCCAAUUCCACGAAGUCAACAAACAUCUGCUGACCAUUGAUUUGCUCGCUGCCAUGCAAGCGCAUCAUCGACGGUUUACGGUUGGCCGAAACAACGACGGGUCGACGGCGUCUAUUCAACUUACGACAGAAGAUGCGGCGAACAAAGCCACGGGAGAUGUCGUGGUGCGAUCCGGGGAAGCAAGUUCGCAGAACUCGGGGCAAACGCUUAUUCAAACUGGAGACGGUGUACACGCGGGCUCAAUCCUGAUGAACGUUGGUACUGCUCAAGAAACUUCUGGUUCGAUCCGAUUGAUCUCGGGUAGCUCGACAUCAAAUGGCGGUGAAGUACACGUUAUCAGCGGUGGUGGAGUCAAAAGCGGCGCCAUUCACCUCAAAACCGCAGAGUCGUACACGAGUGGGGGAAUCGACGUGUCCACGGGUGUGUCCAACCAAGAUUCAGGUGCUCUUGUCAUUCGUAGUGGGGAUGCGUCGCAGGCCACGGGUGCCAUUGACCUGUCGAGUGGUGAUUCGAGCAGCCAUGAGUCUGGCGCGCUUAAACUAUCCAGCGGCAAAGGUGUGGUUGGUGGAAAAGUUGCCAUCAGCUCUGGAACCGGUUCUACUGCUUCAGGAUCAGUCUCAUUAACCAGUUCAAGCAGUUCGAAGGAAAGCGGGCCGGUUGUUGUUGGCACUGGUUCGGCGCCCUCAGCUGGUUCAGUUCAUUUGCGUCAAGGGUCGGCCUCACAAAAUGCCGGCUUGUCGUUGGACACAAAUGUGGCCUUGCAUUCUGGGGGCUCCACGACAAGUGGUUCCGCCACCAUUCAAACUGGCCAAGGUGUAUUUGAUCAAAGUGGCGACUUGAAACUGCAUACUGGGGAGAGCACAGUCCAGUCCGGAGCCAUUGAGAUUUCCCCCUUGGCAAGUUCCGGUACCAAUGGAGGCGUCAUUCGCAUUCAUGGGGGAAACGCAAGCAAUGUUGGCGGGGCUGUGCAAAUUCAAGGCGGCCACGGUGCCAUGGAUGGUGGAUCUGUGACUAUCAAUGGCGGGCCCAACAACGAUCAUUUUCAAGGAAAAGUGAACAUUGGUGCGGGCACUGCGGCGCUUGUGACCAAGGACGCAGUUUUCCGUGCUGCAGACAAUGUUGACGUUGAGAGCGCGGAACUCAACUUGUUUGGCAAGGACAUUGUAUCCAUUUCAAGUGGUAACGACGCCGUUGACGGUGGUUCUGUGGUCUUGUCGAGCGGGGUGACUUCGAACGGUGGCCGCAUUGUGGUCGGUGCCGCGAGUGACGGGUCGAUUGCGUUGCUCAGUGGUGCUACCUCCGAGAAAUCUGGAGAUAUUUCCGCCACGACGAGCCCUUCGACCAGCGGUAACACCGGGAGAAUUCAAUUGAUCUCGGGAGAUUCAAAGUUGACCUCGGGCAGAUUGACAUUUCAAACCGGAGCUGCAGCACAAGCAGGGAGUAUCGAUCUCUCCGUUGGUAAAAGUAACACGGACGGCACUUCGAUUACUUUGGCAGCCGGUGACGGAGCCAAGAGUGGCGGUGCCAUCAAUUUGAAAACUGGAGCUGGCGACGUAUCCGGCAACAUUGUGCUUGAAAGCGGAUCGCCACAGGGUCGAUCUGGGUCGAUUCAACUGAAACUACUAAAGAGUCAAGGACCAUCGGGCACAAUUUCCCUCGAAACGUUCGACGGAUCGUCUGGUGGCCACGUCCAAUUGAAAACAACGAGCAAGACAUCGAAGAUUGAAGCUUCCAGCGCAGGUCAAGUGGAAAUUACGUCCGGAGCUUCAAGCGAUGUCAUUCUUGAGUCCGGACCAGAUGGCGGCUCGAUUCGUCUGCGUGGCGGUAAUGGAAUCGAUGCUGCCAGUGGUGGAAACGUCGAACUGGUGGCUGGUGGUGCUGGUGCAGUGAAAAUCAGCGGCGGCCAAGUCGUUGAAAGCAACAAACAAAGUGGUGAUAUUGUCCUCAUGAGUGGCAAGGGAGCUACCAACUCUGGACAAAUUGUGCUCGAAACGGCUGGUGCCGACGAAGCUGCCGACGUUACCAUUCGGGGUGGCGAAAGCGUUGUUGGUGAUGGCGCAAACCUUCGCUUUACGUCUGGUGGGUCCUCUCAUGCUCGAACUGGCUCCAUCGUUGUGUCGACGCAACACGGUGGCUUGGAAAGUGGUGUUGUGUUAAUUUCGUCCGGCCGGGCUACCUCGUCAUCCGGGAUGGUUACAUUGUCUUCUGGAAGUGGCCCUGUGGCUGGAAGGGUUGACAUUCGCGCGGGUACAAGCUCGGGUGGAGUUUCUGGCGAUGUGACGAUUCAAGGGGGAGAAUCCUCAGUAGGAAAUGGUGGCACCCUGCAACUAUUUGGAGGCAACUCUGUCGCCACUGGUGGCGAUGUUGUUGUGCAUGGUGGACUUGGAGAAACCAAAGUCGGCGCUGCAGACAUUUCUGGCGGGCAAGUUCGGAUUUCAAGUUCCACAGGGGACAUUUCUUUGACAACGAAUGGACAACAAUCUAGCGCGGGGUCGAUUACAGUUGCUGGUGGCGCGAGUGCUUCCGGAUUGGGCGGCAGUAUUGACGUCCAAGCUGGAACCGGCGCCACAGGUGGCAGUGUGUCGAUUCAAAGCGGGUUGGGUGACGUGUCCGGGACGGUCACCGUGCAAUCGUUGACGUCGUCCACUGUGAGUGGUGGUGUGGCG